AUGGAUAAGCUAUACGGAAACUAUGACAAAGUAUUUGAAAAAUAUAAAAAUAACAAUUUGUGCAAAAGAAAAAAUGAAAAGGAGGAGGUAGACCAGGGCAGCAAAAAGGAGGCGAAGGAAAAAAAGACGCCCGAGAAGGCGGCUCCCCAGAAAAAGGCAAAAAAGGGAAAUACUGCCCCUUGCAGCGAAGUCCCACAGGGUCUGUCAUCUCACCAAGAAAAUGCGACGCCUGGUUCCAUUCCCGAUUAUGCCCCCAAGGGUAAAAAGAAUAACGACCGGAGCGGCAACAAAAGAGGUAACAGUGUGAGUAAUGGCCAAGUCAGCAAUAAUAUGAAUUCCAACAUAAGCCAAAAUUUAAACCCGAACCGUCACAGCGUCCCAAGCAACCUCACCUGCCUCGACAAUCACCCAAGGGAGCGUUCCGUGAAUGAGUAUAAAAUUAGGAAAAAAGUGAGUAUAGAAAUAAACCAGAAAAUUUACAGCGAUUCUGAGAAGACACAUCUUGAUGAGAAAUCCUUUUUCAAAGACCAUUUUGGAAUUUCCGAAAACAAUAAUAACCAUAAUAAUAAUAGUCAUAAUCAGAGUGUGAAAAAAAAAAAAUUGAAAAAUGAUGACCAAAAGGCGAAAAAAAUGUUAAACAGAAAAAACAAAACCAAGCUUUUUGUAAAUUUGCUAUUUGUCAUGUACUAUAUAUUCUUCCUUUUCCAUUACAUCAUUGAAAUUCAAGUAAAUCAAAUAUACAACAUCGUUAUUAACACCUUUACCAUUAUAAUAAUCAGCGUACUGUUAAGUUAUAUUUACUUUUUGCGCACACGCAAUAAAACUUUAAAAAAAAUAAUUUUCUACAUAACUACGUAUAUAAAUUUGCUCUUUUGUUUUCACAUUUACAACACCUUCACUUAUUGGUUAAAUAUUUAUCUCAACUUUACAAUGAGUAAGAGAAUUUAUUUGAAAUAUAAAACAUUAUUUAAAAAUAUUUCCUUUGUAUUCUCUUACUUCAGUUUUGAUGAAGUUUUUUUUUUUCUUUUAAUUUUUUAUGGCCUAUUUUUCGUUACCACCUCCAUCUUAACCUUUACACUGUUUUAUUACAUAUACAACUUUAUAAAUUAUUCCUUUUGA